AUGACAUUUCUUCAAGAUCAAGAUGGUUUUUCAUUAUUUGGCCUUAAUGAUCUCAAAGUAAAAUCUGUAUUAGAAAACAAACAUAUUGCAACUAAUUCGCCACCUCAAUGUUCAGUUACAAAAUGGAAAAAAAAUCCAUCAAGUGAUAAAGAAACUCUUUUAAAUUUGUAUAAUAUGGGAUUAUUAAAAACUCCAUUGGUAGAUAAAAAUGAAUUAGUAGAUGGAAAUGAAUCUAUUUCUCAUUCAAUAGCUCAAUAUAUAAGAAUAGGAUAUAAUCUUGAUUCUGGUGAAAAAAUUCAAGAAGCAAUUCAAGAUCUUAGUAGUACUUUAGUUGCAAACCUUGAACUAUGUCGUGAUUAUGUAGCUCCAAUAUCAGGAGAUUUAGCAGGUUUUAUAAUAGGACAAAUGUUGUCACAUAUUAGCGAAUGGAAUUUAUUUUCACCAGCAGAAAUUACAAAAUUAACAGAUGGUAUUAUUCAUAAACCUGUUACUGGUGUGAUAGUUUACACACAACCAAAAAACCUCUGGACUAUACCAAUCUUGGCAGAAAACAUAUCUGCUCUUCAAGAUAUGGUUCAGGAAGAAGAAUUGGAAUUUGAUGAAGUACCUACUAUUAGCACUAUAGACAAAUAG